AUGUCCGCUCAAGUUCUGGGAUUUUUACGCAGCCGGGCUCCCCUCCCCCUGGCAGCUCCGCGAGAUCCGGCCGCCGCUGGGAAUGACGCGGGUGCCCCCACUGCCCCGGCUCCAGGCGGGGAGGGCGAGCCCCACAGCCGGCCCCGCGACGCCCGCCUGGGCAGCACCGAUAAGGAGCUGAAGGCAGGAGCCGCCGCCACGGGCAGCGCCCUGACCGCGCCGGGGACUCCCAGGCAGCGGGAGCCGCGGGUCGCGGUUAUGGAUUCAGCGGGCGGCCCAGGGCGCCUGCUUCCGCGGCCCUGCCAUGUGCUGGUGCUGCUGAACCCGCGUGGCGGCAAGGGCAAGGCCCUGCAGCUCUUCCGGAGCCACGUGCAGCCCCUUCUGGCGGAGGCCGAAAUCUCUUUCAUGCUAAUGCUCACUGAGCGGCAGAACCACGCGCGGGAGCUGGUGCGGUCGGAGGAGCUGGGCCGCUGGGACGCCCUGGUGGUCAUGUCUGGAGAUGGGCUGAUGCAUGAGGUGGUGAACGGACUCAUGGAGCGGCCCGACUGGGAGACUGCCAUCCAGAAGCCCUUGUGUAGCCUCCCAGCAGGCUCUGCCAAUGCGCUGGCAGCUUCCUUGAACCAUUAUGCCGGCUAUGAGCAGGUUACUAAUGAAGACCUCCUGACCAACUGCACACUGCUGCUGUGCCGCCGGCUACUGUCACCCAUGAACCUGCUGUCACUGCACACAGUCUCCGGGCAGCGCCUCUUCUCUGUGCUCAGCUUGGCCUGGGGCUUCAUUGCUGACGUGGACCUGGAGAGUGAGAGGUAUCGGCGCCUAGGGGCGAUGCGCUUCACCGUGGGCACCUUCCUGCGCCUGGCAGCCCUGCGCAUCUACCGGGGCCGACUGGCCUACCUUCCCAUAGGGAGAGCUGUCUCCAAGACACCCACCUCCCCUGCUCUGGUCCAGCAGGGCCCUGUGGAUGUGCACCUAGUGCCCCUGGAGGAGCCAGUGCCCUCUCACUGGACGGUGGUGCCUGACCAGGACUUUGUGCUGGUGCUGGCGCUGCUGCACUCGCACCUGGGCAGCGAGAUGUUUGCGGCACCCAUGGGCCGCUGUGCGGCUGGCGUUAUGCAUCUGUUCUACGUGCGGGCCGGCGUGUCUCGGGCCACGCUGCUGCGCCUCUUCCUGGCCAUGGAGAAAGGCAGGCACAUGGACUACGAUUGCCCCCACUUGGUGUAUGUACCCGUGGUCGCCUUCCGCCUGGAGCCCCUGGACAGAAGGGGUGUGUUUGCAGUGGACGGGGAGUUGAUGGUCAGCGAGGCUGUUCAGGGCCAGGUGCACCCAAACUACUUACGGGUGGUCAGUGGUUGCACGGAGCCCCUGCCAAGCCAGGAGCCCCAGCAGACGCCACCUCCGCAAGAGCCCUGUGACCCCUUGGGCCUUGCUGUGCCUUAGCCUUCUACUUGGUCUACACGGAGCCCAGGAUCCUUCCUCUUUCCCUCAGGACUGGAGGGCCUGUGCGUAGCUCCUAUGGGGUGGAGGGGGACUCUUCUGGAGAAGGGUGGGAAGGUGGAGGCUUUGGGAGGACAGGCAGUGCCCACCAGAGACUAGAAUGAGGUCCUGGGCUGGGAGCCCAGCUGGCUGGGCCCAGCUGCCUGUGGAAGGCACUCCCAUUUUGUUCCGAGACCGCCAUACCACGAACUAAAUCAAAUAAAGUGACAUUCCCAGCC